AUAGUGGCCGUCGUCGUUCUGCCGUUUGAGGUGCUAAUUCUCAGCAUCGGAUAUAGAUUCGGUUUUGGUUUUGGUUUCGAUUUCAGCUCGAUCAAUAUUCAGCAAAGUCAGUUGGCUGACGACCGUGAUCGCAAUAGCAACACUUUCACCCACCAGAACGGAUUGCAAUGGCCAAACCACAGCACAUUUUGCAGCUGAGCGAGGAGCAGCGGAGCAACUUCGUCGACUCCUUCGACCGGGUGAUCAGCGACAUCGAUGGCGUCCUGUGGACCUUGGAGCACAGCGUGCCGCGUGCCGCCGACGGAUACGCCGCUCUCGAGCGGAUGGGUAAGCAGCUGACCUUUCUGACCAACAACAGCGUUCGCACGUCGGCGCAGUGCGUCAAACUCUUCGACAAGAUCGGGAUGCAGGUGCGCCCGGAGCAGAUUUGGCAUCCGGCCCAGUCCAUCGUUAGCUAUCUGCAGAACAUUAAGUUCGAUGGGCUCAUCUACAUCAUCGCCAGCCAGUCGUUCAAGACGGUGUUGCGCGAGGCGGGAUUCCAGCUCCUGGACGGGCCCAACGAGUUCAUCGAGGAGAGCUAUGCCAGCCUGGCCGAGCACAUCUUUGGCAGGGAGCCGGUGCGCGCCGUCGUCAUCGACGUGGACUUCAACCUGACAUCCCCGAAGAUUCUGCGCGCUCACCUGUACCUGCGCCAUCCGGAGUGCAUGCUCAUCGAAGGCGCCACCGAUCGCCUGCUGCCGGUGGCCAAGGGAGUGAGCAUCAUAGGUCCGGGAGCCUUCGCCUCCAUCCUGGUGGAGUUCAGUGGCAAGAAGCCGAUUACGUUGGGCAAACCUGGUCGCGAGUUGGGUGAUCUGCUUGUCGAGCACUACCAAAUCGUUCAGCCCAGUCGAGUGCUCAUGAUCGGAGAUAUGUUGGCCCAGGACGUGAGCUUUGGACGCCAGUGCGGCUUCCAAACGCUGCUCGUGCUUAGCGGCGGAUGCAGCAGGGAGCAGCUCCUGGCCGAGACGGAUCCGCAGCGCAUUCCGGACUACUAUGCGGACAGCGUCGCCGAUGUGGCUCAGAUGCUAGGCGAGGCGCCCAAGUCGCGUGUCUAGACGGCGUCCGGCGGAGGAGAUCGAAAAGCGAUAUAUCCAUUGGCUAUAGCUGUAGUUAUGGGUACCUGGGUAGCUGAAAUAGUGUCGUAUUCCUAACAAGAAACAAACAGAGUUGACGAACUUGGGAGUUCCAGGCAAACAAAACCACUGCAACCAUUUGGUCGUAAAAGAUCCAUAGAUGUGCAGUGCAUAUAAACAAAUAAAUAGAAAUAUAUAUAGUCUGGCUGAAGCAGCACUAUAUUUUAUUAACUGAUACGGGAUACCCCGCAAUUCACAGAGUUCAUAUAUUAAAGGUUGUGAACAAAUAAAAA